AUGAUGAUGCGAUCCUUCAUCUUCAGCGCUACCAUACUACAGGUCCUCCUCCUCCUCUUCGCGAGAAGACAACAGCCCUUCGCUGCUGCCCAACUCGAUACACAGGACCUGGCACUGGCAGAUCCCAAUCAGAUUGAGAAUCUCGCUCAGACUUCUCCUCCUGUUAAUCGGAUUCAAGAUAGGCGAUGUGCUCCUGUUGUACAAAAUCAUGCUGAUGCGAUUGAGCAACGGAUUCGGUCUGGGGAUGGGAAUGGUGGUGGUCCGGUUAGGCUUACUUGGAAGCGUUAUAUCUUAGAUGAUGUGGGUUCUCAGCUCCAGGAGUCUGAAGAACAGCAGCAGCAAGUCGAUGAUGAAUGUGAUGAUCAUGUGAGAGCAUAUGUUCGGGUGUUACAUGUUGGGUUUGAUAAUGGUUGGAUCACUGCCGCAGACGUUCGAGGCAAUCAUGAACAGGCAUAUAAUCUCGGUUGUCUAAACUGUGGAUCAUAUCUCUUCUUCUUCAGUUUUUGCUUGUCCAGAAUGUCUCCCCACUUGCGUUUCAGUGGUUCGGCAUUGUGGAAUCGCGUUUUUGAACUACAACAAGGGCAAUGUCCCAGCUCCGGGGUUCAUCAAUUCGGAAUGCUACAAAGCAUAUGUGGGAGUGGAUGGACCAUGCUAUCGGUGUUUCGCUCAACCGGGUUGCAAGCAUGGAUGAGAUGGUAA